AUGUCCAAUACAACAACCCCAUUCCAGCUCCUGUCCAACAACAUUUCGUUGACCAAUCAGAGGUUGGCAGUGCCCAUAAGGACGUUCAUGGGCUUUCUGUCUGUGUCUCCAUGUCUCCUCUUCCUCUACAUCAACACUAUCAUGCUGUACAGUCUGAAGAGCAAGCCCAUGUUCAGAGAGACCUCACGCUACAUCUUGUUUGGUAACCUCCUCUUCGCCGACACCAUCCUACUGCUGGCCAGCCAACUGCUGUACAUAUUAGCCGUCGCUGGGUUGUUUGUGAUCCGAUAUAUAUGUGUUGUGAUUGUGUUGGUGGCUAUUUUCACCAGCGCUGUUUCCCCUCUCAACCUGUCUGUGAUGUCGCUAGAGAGGUACGUGGCUAUCUGUUAUCCUCUGAGGCAUGCCUCCAUUGUCACCCCCGGGACUACAGGCGUGGUCAUUGCUGUGGUGUGGAUCCUGUGUUCCCUAAACACUAUCAUUAAGCUUGUCAUGCUGCUGGUUCUAGAGUCCAUGCCCCUGGACCAGUUCAUGCAGGAAUUCUGCUCUACCGGCGAGCUUUUCCACCUGAAGAUUCACAACCAGGUAGACAAUGUGUUCAUCAGCAUCGUCUUCAUGACCGUUGGUUUUAUCAUCAUAUACUCCUACAUCGCUAUGAUGAUGGUAGCCAAGUCAGCCUCCGCAGACAAGGACAUAAACAGCAAGGCUCGUAACACGGUUCUCCUGCACCUGAUCCAGCUAGGCCUGAGUCUCUCCUCCACCCUGGUUCCUACUAUAGUGUCAGCCUUGAAAUCCAGAGCAAUGGACAAAGCCACACAGAUUGAGUAUAUUGUGUUUAUCAUCCUGAUCAUCCUGCCCAGGUGUCUGAGUCCUCUGAUCUACGGCCUGAGAGACAAGGCAUUCAGACACAUCCUCAUAUACCAUCUCACCUGUGGCCUCAGAUGCACAGUGGAGCCCAUUAAAAUCUCCAGCUAUUGA